AUGAACGGCCUCGAUUUUCGGUCUAGCCAGUCGUCUUAUGGCGACCCGAGGCAUUACUCGGCCGCUUCGUACGGCGCCCCCCAGCCGCCGCCAACCAAGGUUCUCCUGGACGGCUACCGUGCAGCUCUCAGUUCCCAAAAUGCGGAGAAGUCGCUGUAUAGUCCGGCAAACCCGACCUCGCACCCUCCCCGAUCCGUCCCACUCAGCGCAAAUGACCCAGUAGCAAUGUAUCUACUCACCGAAACGGCCAUGGGUGACAGCAUAAACUAUGAAAUUUUGUCGGUCGAGGAAAUGGAAGGCUUGAAGAAGGAGCUCCGAGUUCUGUCCAACCGUACGAAUGCGGCUAAACGAAAACUGGCCCUGGAAUUAAAGCUUCGUGAUGCCGCCAUGUCUCUAAGCCGAUUACACCAUAAUGAGGAGUACGAUAUCGAUAUACCAGGCCAGAACGAGCCAACUUUCAAUAAGACAAACGAGGAACUUGCACUAAGCAAUCGGAAAUGUGAGGAGCUGUCAAUGGACAUCUGGUAUUCAGAGCGCAAAGGACAAGAGAUACAAAAGCGCUUGCUGGAGCACACUGCUGGUGUUCUGCAAUUGACACACAAGGGCUUGAAAAAGAAUCCGAAGAACGGCAUUCCGCAUACCCCCGAAAGCCUGUCCAGCAGCAAUACGGUGGACGAUUUCGAUGAUCGGAGCUUGUAUAAAACGUCGGACCCACUGGAUGGACCAACAAACUUUGAGAUCAGGGCGCCGCUUACCAACAGUCUAGCGCAUGAUAAUAUCCAAGAAACGGAAAGGAAAUUGGAGUCGCUGAGCAGCAGACUACGAGAUACGUUACUGCGGUCGGAUCCAGACACCGAGUUCGGUCAAAUUCCCCAGCCUUCUAGUAAUGGCGACGCGGUUGACCUUUCAGCCAUGGUGGAUGCUCACCUGAGGUAUAUCGAGAAUGGAAUCGAUGUACUUGGUUCUCAGCCUAAAGCUGAUAUGCCCAACCAGAGCCUGGACCGUGUUAGCGAACAGCAGUUAGUAGAGAUGGGCCAACAGUUGCUCAGCAUCAUGGAGAAUCCCGGUUUACCUCGCGCUCAAACCUUGCCCCCGACUCCUGAUCCAUCUGACAGCGAUCUUGCGGAACAUCUUACGUUCCUUAGUGUUGGAAUCACCGGCUUGGAGAGUCGAGUCGAGAAGUUACUGGAGCAAAAGAGUAUUCUCACAACCCAGAUUCAGCAGCAGCGCGAGCUGAAUUCCAAGUCGGAUGCAGAAAGAGACGCCAAGAUUGCCGAUUUGAUUGAACAGCUUGCCCACCUUCGUAAAGAACUCGAAAUUGCGGAGCGUGAAGGUGAGCAGUCUAAGGAAGAUUACGAUAUGGCAUUGAAAGAGCUAGAAAAUGUACGACGAGAGCUGUCAGAGUCUCGGGAGACGCAAAGCACCAGAGAUCUUGGUGAUUCCAAGAAUGAAGCGCAUGGGCAUGCGGAAGCCGAGAUUGCUCGCCUUCAGAGUUUUAUUCAGGAGAUCCAGCAAGAGAAGGAUGAGCACCACGAAGCUCACGGGCGCGCGGAAGCUGAAGUCAGACGCCUUCAAGCAGUCAUUCAGGAGAUCCAACAAGAUAAGGAUGAACACCACGAAGCUCAUGGGCGCGCAAAAGCUGAAGUCACACGCCUCCAGACUAUGAUUCAAGAGAUCCAACAGGAGAAGGACGAACACUAUGAAGCCCACGGUCGCGCGGAAGCCGAAGUCACACGCCUCCAGGCUAUGAUUCAAGAAAUUCAACAGGAGAAGGAUGAACAUCAUGAAGCUUAUGGACGUGCGGAAGCCGAAGUCACACGUCUCCAGGCUAUGAUUCAAGAAAUCCAACAGGAGAAGGAUGAACAUCAUGAAGCUCAUGGACGUGCAGAAGCCGAAGUUGCACGCCUACAAGAUAUCAUCCAAAAGAUUGAGCAAGAGAAAGCCGAGAAUCAUGAAGACCAGGAGCGUGCGGAAGCCGAAAUUGCACGCCUUCAAGCUAUCGUCCAGAAGAUUGAGCAAGAGAGGGAUACACGCGAUCAAGUUGAUGAGCGUGCUGAAGUUGAGAUUGCGCGCCUUCAAGAUAUCAUUCAAAAAAUACAACACGAGAGAGAUGAGCAUCACGAAGCUCGGGUCCGCCUGGAGGGCGAAGUCACCAGAUUACAAGGUGUCGUUGGCCAGUUACAAGAUUCCGCAGAAUCGCGCGAAAGCGCGGAGCAACAAGUCGCGCAAUUGGAAGAGACAAUCCACCAGAUUCGCCACGACGCAGACAUUCGUGUCAAGGAAGCAACCGAUAUGCGCGCUCAAGCUGACGCGGAAAUAUCACGACUGGAAGAAUCGAUGAACGAGAUACGUGAAAAACUAGAGUCUCAACUCAGGGAAGCAACCGAAGCGCGCAACAAUGCAGAAGAGAACGCACACCGCUUGCAACGGGAGUUGACCGACCUGGAGGGCGACGUCGUAAGGGCCCAGACUGAGCUCACCAUGGUCAAAGCAGAACUUGACGGUGCUUAUGGGACACGUGCACAACGGGCCGCUGAAGCCGCCGCCGACCCUGCCCUUUUCCAGGAGCUCGACGAACUGAAGGCUCGAAACUUCGAAAUGGCUGAGGAGCUUGCAGCCCUUAAGGCUGGAAAGCCUGUGAGUGGCGAUGUUCACAACCGCGUUGAAACACUGGAGAAAGAGCUGCGUGAAACUGUGGAUGACUACGAGGCUAUGACCAAAGCGAGCAUCGAGUUUGAGAAAGAGCGUGAAAGGUUUGAGGGCAUGAUUGAUAACCUCCGUGAUCGAUGUGAGCAGCUGGAGACUCAGCUCAAUGAAGAACGGAUUAGCUGGAUGGGCUCCAACAACAGCGCUUCCUCUAUGGGACGAGACGGGCCUUACGAGACAACAUCCACAAUGGUGCUGAAGAACGAGUUCAAGAAGAUGAUGCGGGAUACCCGCGCCGAGAACAUGAAGAUACUCAAGGCUGAGCAGGAAGAGCGCAGGAAACUCGAAGCCAUAUUACGGAAUCUUAAAAGGGAGCAAGCGAAUCUGAGCGGCAAGUCGAACCUCAGCCAAACUGUAACGGCGUUAUGA